CUUUAUUAUCUCUUUUCUUUCUUAAAUCCAAAAGCUUAAAUUAAUUAUUUCUUCCCUUUUUGCCAACCUCACAUGUUUCAUUCAGACAUCCUACACAAAACCUCUGCAAAUUGAAAACUAUGUGAUGCUCGUUUUAUAGGUCGAAGAAUAACCGAAUUCAAGAAAGAUAAACGAAGAAUAAUGGGGCGAAGCAAACUUCCGAUCAAGAAAAUCGAAAACACGACCAAUCGUCAAGUUACGUUCUCCAAACGACGAUAUGGACUUAUAAAAAAAGCUUACGAAAUUGCAGUCCUUUGCGAUAUUGAUCUAACUUUGAUAAUGUUGUCUCCUUCGGGCCGUCUAAGCCAUUUUUCCGGUAGAAAGAGAGUCGAAGAUGUGAUUUACCGCUACAUUAACCUCUCGGAUCGCGAUAGAGGAGGGAAUGUCCCUAAUAGAGAUCAAAUUUUGAGCACUUUAAUGAAAAUUAAAACUGAGAAGGAUAUUGCCAUGCAAAGGGUGUUUGAGCCGGAUCCAGAAAAGUUCACGUCUUUAGAAGAAUUUCAAUCGUGUGAAAUACGGAUGGUAGAAGCAUUACGUCGUGUUACUCAAAGAAAGAGAUUCCUCCUAAGCAAAGUUGGGCAACAAUCAAGUUACCAGGACACCAUACAGCAAAUCAAUACAGUGGUUCAAUACAUCACCGAAGCACAAGCAGCUAACGACCCGUUACUAGAAAACGACGAUGAUCAUGGGCUCGAUUUAAGCAAUGUGGAUCACAUGAAUUUCGGUUCGGACGCUUGUUCUGGAACUCUAAGGAAAGGUCCAUCACCAACAAUGUACGACUCCGUGUCCCCAACGAGUGGUAAUAAUGAGAACGCUCAAUCGGGCGAAGGAUGUUCGAAUGGCCACAUUAACGAAAACGAUGCCUUUCAACAGUUUAUUCUUUACUCCAACCCGAAAGCUCGACUUCUUUCCCCAAGGGGAUAAUGGAUGGUUCACCUGGAGUCAUUCCAACACUUGACCAACAAGUAAUGUUCUUAGCAUCACAGAGCCAUCAGUUGCCGUCGAGUGAACUUCAUUUAUGAACCGAUACUUGUUAAGGCUGAUUGAGAAUUAAUCACCAACGUGUUCGCUAAGCCGCUAAUAAUAUAUCGACGGGUUUUCGGACAUUACAUAUUUUUUAGUUUUGUUCUUGAUUUUUUUUUUUCUUUUUCAAUGUUAUUUGGAUGCAACCAUGUGUUGCUAAGAGUUAGGAGUCAAGUUUAGUUAAGUCAUAUGACUGUUUGGAUCAUAGUAUUGAGAAAAAUGGUUGUCCCCAUUUGGAUGCCAAUUAGAGUACUUGCUUUACUUUUUCAUCACAUGUGAGAAUCAGAAUUUAUAUUAUGUUAAGAUAGAAAAUGAUUGUAAAAACGAUCGUUUAAUGGUGUUAGAAAAUCAGUUAUGGUAAAUUGGGUUUGACCCGGUUUUAAUUAAU